AGGUUUAUUCAAAUCCAAGGUCUAGUAUAUGCUAGACAAGCCCCUCCCACUGAUCUGCCAUCCCUGCUAAUACUGAGCUUUCUAACACAAACUGAGCUGUCUCCUACUUCAGACCUGUGGAGGGGAAAAAAAUGCCUGUGGAGAAUCCUUACAGCAGGAAGGUCAGCAGAUGAAGAGCAAGGAAACAUUUUAUCAGGGCUGCCACAAUGGAGUCUUCAAAACACACUGGGGCAGGGAAGCUUCACUUAAGGCAUUCUCCUAAAUCUCCCUUUGUCCCACCCUGGGUCCAGGUUCGGUUCUCCCUGUAUCCAAGCUUUCUCUGGUUUGCAGUUAAAAACUCUUCUGUCUGGGUCUGUUUUGUUUUUUAUUUAUUUUUGUUUUUUUCGAGACAGAGUUUCUCUGCGUAGCCCUGGCUGUCCUGGAACUGGCUCUGUAGACCAGUCUGGCCUCGAACUCACAGAAAUCCACCUGCCUCUCAAGUGCUGGGACAAAAGGCGUGCGCCACCUCGCAUGACUCGGUUCUGUUUUUAGCUAAGGUCUUGGUAUAGAUCCCUGGCUGGCUGCAAGCUCUCCAUCAUCCUUCUGGUCAUCCAAAUAGCUAAAUUACAGGCGUGCGUCACCACACCAGGCUUAUUCUUACCCCUGCUCACCUCUCUGGCUUUCCUUGGUCAGCUCUCCUCCAAAAGGCCUUCCCUAGCUUUCGACCCCUCCCCACCCAGGUUUCCUCUGGUGGAACAUUCCAGACCUGAGUGUUAACGCCCUAAGCCCGAGCAGCAGCAGUUCUGGGGAGGGCUCGAGGUGGCUGACUUCUGGAGCUAGCUGAGGACUGGCGAGACCCCCCGGCCGCCGGAGCGCACACUGUGCGCCCACGCACGUGACCGUCAGCCCGAGGGACGAUCCGGAGCUCAAGUUUCGGAAGAGAGACGCCCCAGCAAGCCUGUUUCGAGGAUCCCAUCAGCGGCUCACCUCAUGGGCCAGACGGCCCUUGCAAGGGGCAGCAGCAGCACCCCCACCUCGCAGGCUCUGUACUCUGACUUUUCUCCUCCGGAGGGCUUGGAGGAGCUCCUGUCUGCUCCCCCUCCUGACCUAGGAGCCCAGCGACGCCACGGCUGGAAUCCCAAGGACUGCUCCGAGAACAUCGAUGUCAAGGAAGGGGGGCUGUGCUUUGAGCGGCGCCCUGUGGCCCAAAGCACUGAUGGGGUCCGGGGGAAGAGGGGUUACUCGAGGGGCCUGCAUGCCUGGGAGAUCAGCUGGCCCCUGGAGCAGAGGGGCACACACGCUGUGGUGGGCGUGGCCACUGCCCUCGCCCCGCUGCAGGUUGACCACUAUGCGGCGCUUUUGGGCAGCAACAGCGAGUCUUGGGGCUGGGAUAUUGGGCGGGGAAAAUUGUAUCAUCAGAGUAAGGGCCUUGAGGCCCGCCAGUACCCUGCUGGACCUCAGGGUGAGCAGCUGGUGGUGCCAGAGAGACUUCUGGUGGUUCUCGACAUGGAGGAGGGGACUCUGGGCUACUCUGUUGGGGGCACCUACCUGGGGCCAGCCUUCCAUGGUCUGAAGGGCAGGACCCUCUACCCCUCUGUAAGCGCUGUCUGGGGCCAGUGCCAGGUCCGCAUCCACUACAUGGGCGAAAGAAGAGCAGAGGAACCACAAUCCCUUCUGCACCUGAGCCGCCUGUGUGUGCGCCACGCGCUGGGAGAUACCCGGCUUGGCCAAAUAUCCACUCUGCCUUUGCCCCCUGCCAUGAAGCGCUACCUGCUCUACAAAUGACCCUGGAGCACCAGAUUGUGCUGGCACCUGGCCAUCGUCAGUACGGUGGGGACAGGUGGAGAGGCACCAUCGGCCUAGACAAACAACAGAAAAGCCAGUGAAGCUGAGGGGAGGAGAGGCUGGGCCCCUUCACUCACCCUUAGAGAGGGGCAAGACAAGGAAGAGACCGCAAAGGCUGUGGCAGCCUGGUGCAAAGAUGUCUGUCAAGUAAAAAACGAGAUGUAUUGUCA